AACAAUGAGUUACUACAAUCAACAACAACCUCCUGUUGGUGUACCUCCACCACAAGGGUAUCCACCAGAAGGUUACCCAAAAGAUUCAUACCCACCACCUGGAUAUCCGCAGCAAGGGUACCCUCAACAAGGGUAUCCACCACAAGGGUACCCUCCACAGUAUGCACCUCAGUAUGGUGCACCACCUCCUCAACAACAACAUCAAUCAUCUAGUAGUACUGGAUUAUUGCAAGGAUGUUUGGCUGCUCUUUGCUGUUGCUGUCUCUUGGAUGCAUGCUUUUGAUGCUGUAAAUGAUCUGUACGCAAAGUGUUGAUGACAAAAGAUGAUUGAAAUCCAUUAUCAUAGUCUAGAUUAUUUUCCUUGUAUGUGUUUUGUCCUUGUUGUCCUGUCAUUUAUAAAUAAUUUGAUCUUGCUAUGGUGUCUAUUUGCCAAAUUAUACGUUUAUGUACAACGUGAGAGAUUGUAUUUUAUUUUUUAUGUUUUGGACCUCAAUAUGUGAAUCAAUGCACCUUGAUUUGGUUAAACAA